UUUAUUUAUUCUUGGUCACUCCACCUGCCCUCACAUUUAAGCUGAGAAAUGUAUUAUCUAUACAGUUAUCGAUUGUCUGGGCACUAGUAACCAUGGAAUAUUUCGAGAUGUUUCAGCCAGAAUUGUCUGGGAUGUAAAAUUUGGCGCAAAACUCUGCAAUUUUGGCGCAAAAAAAAUCUGGCAGCAGCAAAACAAAUAAUUUUUUGGUGCGGAAAAAAACAAAAGUGGAGAGAAAAGGAAUUUUCUAAUAUUUUCAAAGCAGCACAAGAGACCUUUGAAAAUGUGAGGAGAAAGAAAAAAAAAAAGGUGUGAAUAAUAUCGCUGGAACAGAAAUGACAGCAGUUUCUGAGAAUCUCCCCCGCUGUGUGAACAUGGAUUUGAGGUCCUUUUCCUUUGUGUGAUAUAAAUGCAGUUCAUUAGGCUGCAAAAAAGUGUUUUGUGACUGUCACAUCAUAUAAAUGCAGAUUUACCGGAUUGCUUUCUUGUCCCACUACUAGUUGGAAGCAUAAUCUAUGACCAGCAGAGGGACAGACAACUCCCAUCCUCCCUCCUCAUUGUGCUAUCACAGUUAUCGGAGGAUGUUUGCAGCAAAUGUUUGUGAUGGAUUUAGGCUGCUGAGGAAUCGGUCACACAUCAGAUUUACUGUAUCUCUUUUGUGUAUGUCAAAUGGGAAAUCCUAUAUUUCCUGGAAGAGAAGGCUGAGACCCCACAGCAGAGUGUGUAUGAGGAGCCUUCCUACAGAUCCUGGCCCUCCCUCUGGUAUUCCCUGGAUAUUGGACCCUGCACUCAUGUAAUUCCAGCUGAAAAUGAAAGUGAAAAUAGGAAUCAGACAUUACAGGGCAGGAGACACCCAUAGAUUGUGAAAUGGCGGAUCUCAGAGCCUUGUUUCUGCUCGGACUAUGUCACACAUUUUUGACUUGUGCCAGGUCUGCCUUGGAAGUCUUUGCUCCAACUUCCCAAAUAGCAGAGCUGAGAAGUAACGUCAUGAUACCCUGUAAAUUCAAGGUGACUGGUCAAAUAAACCUUCAGUAUCUUGCCAUCGUGUGGGAAUUUCAGGGGUCUGCUAUAGUGAAGUACGACAACAAAGGUCUUGAAAUCAAAACUAAGAGGUAUAUUAAUGAAGACAAUGUUAAAAACGGAGUUGCAGAUUUAUACAUCAAUGACACAUCUGUCGACGACGUUGGAUCUUAUAAGUGUACAGUAAUCUACACCCCUGAUAGCAUUCAGAAGGCUGUUACUCUUACAGUAUAUGCUCGCCCGGCCAUCUCAGUUUUUGAGAAAAUUAAUAUAGACAGUGACCAAGACAAGAUCUUGUGCUCUGUGACUGGAUUUUACCCUGAACAGAUCACCGUGGAGUUGAUAAAAGACGGGACGGUCGCUAGCGGCUCUGUUAGGUCUCAUCUCAGGAAUGAUGAUCAAACCUUCUCCAUUAAUAGCACAGCCAUAUUACCAUCCUCAGAGAAACCAAAAUCCUUGUCAUGUAGAGUCCACCAUGAAACUCUCACCACACCCAUCCAAAAAGAUCUCCGGCUCGUGUAUAAUGAGGCUGACAAUGAUCAGACUGGUCUGGUGGUGGGCGUCAUUGCUGGAGUCAUAUUAAUUGUGUUAUUGGUCAUUGCUGCAGUUUUAUACAAGAAGAAAUCAGGAACCCCGGAAGUUCUAGUGUCUAAAAUUCAUGGCACCAAAAUGAUCGAUGGGGAGAAGACCACCCUGUAUUGUAUGGCACGUAACUGUUCUCAGGAGACCCAGGUGAGAUGGAUGACACGAAACAAAGAUGGCACUACAUGUGAGAUCACAGAGGAGAGGUCAGGGGAUAAGGAAGAAGAACAACCUUUGAUGUCCAGGGAGUACAAGGUUUUAACUGAGAAGGUGGCAAGCCAAAAGAAGAGAUCUCUUCAUGACAUUAAUACUAAACUGACCUUCAUCCCGUCACUAUCCAGACAUCUGGGGUCAACUGUGAUCUGCAAAUUUAUUACCAAUAAGAAAUCUGAAGAGGAAACCCAUGAGAUCAAAGAGAUUUAUGCUAAACCUCAGUUCCCGGAGCCGAUACAAUUCACCAUUAGCAGCCAAGGAGAUGUCCAGCUGUCAGCCAGUUUACACAAGUUUUAUCCCCAACCAUUACCGAUCAGCUGGAUGUCCAGGAGAGGUCAGUCACAAGAAAAAAUUGUAUCUGAAGAAGAAUUCCUGAAGAAUCCUGAUGGCACAUAUAACCUCACAAGUAAAUGCACUGUUUCUGGAGAGCUCUUCAAGGACCCGACACAUAAAGUCAUUGUUACUUGGAAACAUGAAUCCAUGGACAACUCUCAAUCCAGGGAACUCUCUGCAAAAGAUAUCCCUUGGCCUCCCCAAAUAGGAGACUAUAUAGAAAGUGUUAUCCAGGGGGAUGAUAUUCUUUUCAGGUGCUCAGUGUCAAAUUAUUUUCCUGACGCAUUGACUGUGAAGUGGUUUGAGAAGAAGAAAAAUUGUCCAGAUUUAAUAGAAAUUUCAGAGAAAUCUGAGAAAUAUACAAUUCCAAAAAUUAUAUCAAACAGAACGGACAAGAAAACCUUCACUGCAACAUCUUGUCUGUCUCUAAAGAAAUCACACUGGACGGAGAAAGAUGUAGGGAUUCUAUGUAGAGUGGAUCACCCCAGCUUAGAAAGACCGAUUGAGGCCAAGACCACAACCAUGCAGAACCGAGACACUGAGGUCCAAGUGUUUUUUGUGAACAACAUCCAGGGCCCCCAGAAGUGGUAUGAUGGGGAGAAGGUGGUCUUGUACUCUGGAGCUUCAUACUGUACACAGAACACCCAGGUGAUUUGGACAGUGACAGGAAAAGAUGGGACUGAACAAGAAAUAUGUGAGGAUUCGGGAGGUUUGGGUAUGAGAAAAGAUGGCGGCCAGUGUCCUGGUUAUGUGGCUCAUAGAGAGAGAACAGAAGAGUCGGAUACACCGGGCCUCAUGGAUCUCACCAGUUGUCUCAGCUUCACACCUUCUGUUUCUAAACACAAAAAUAUCACAAUAAGCUGCAGAGUCACCUGUGAUGGGAGAGAAAAGAAAAAGACAUUUCAGCAGAAACAGCUUUAUGUAAAACCCAAAGUACUGAACCCCGUAAAAUUAUCCUUGACUGAUUCGGGUGAGGUCCUAUGCGCAUUACAUAUAGAGGAAUUUUAUCCUUCUGAUAUCCAGAUAAAAUGGAACGAAAAUCCAAGUUCAGAUCAAACAGUUAAGAAUACUAAUGGCACAUACAGCGUACAGAGCGAAUAUAAACUUCCUGGAAGCUUUUUCAAAGACCCACAGUCCAUGGUGAUGGUUUCCUGGAACCACGAGUCCAUGGACGGCUGGGAGUGGAGGAAGAUCUGUGCGGUGGAUAAAGAUUUUCCAUGGAAACCAGAAUUACAAGAGAUUCAGGUUCCCAACCUUCUGGAUGGUAUCACAGCUACACUGAAGUGUGAGGUGUCUAAUGUAUUCCCCGAUGUGCUGAAUGUGCGGUGGCUGAAGAAGGACGAUCAGGGAUUAUUCCCUCUGGAUCAUGAUAAUAAAUACAGCAUCUCAGACAUCACCCCGGAGCGGCAGAAGGAUAACACAUUUAUAUAUAAAUCCUGCCUAAAAUUUACUCCAUCAGUCACCGACCAAGAAACAGAAUUUAUCUUCAGAGCGGAGCAUCCCAGUCUAGGGAAACCAGCAAAGAAGAGCACCGGACCCCUCUGUAUACAAGAUCUCAAGAUCUUAGCUCCAUCUCAAGAAAAUAAUCAAACUGAUUCUCCUCCUCAAACCGAAUCUCCUCCUCAAAUAGUACAAACUGAUUCUCCUCCUCAGAAUGAGAUCAAGGACUUAGCACCAAAAACAACACCACAGAAAAGUCAUCAGCGGCUCAUUGUUGGGGACAUUAGAGGACGUGAUCAGUGGACACUUGGGAAGAAGGUGACUCUUCAGUGUCCGGUGUCUUAUUGCCCUGAGGAUGUUGCAGUCAUAUGGUCGGUGACUGAUAAUAAUGGUAAAGUCCAGGAGAUGUCCAGUGUUCCAGAACAGACGCUCAAGGAAAGAGACGCCCUGAAGACUUCUGGUUAUUUCCUUACUAAUGAGAUGGAUGAGUCUUAUGUAGAAGGACUAUAUAAUGUCACAAGUAUAAUGACAUUAAUACCAACAGUGAGGAAACAUUAUGCAUCACUUAUUACCUGCACAGUGAUCUCCGGAGGUGAAACCAAGGCCAAGAAAUUCAAGCCGACAUCAGUUCUUGCCAAGCCACAAGUGUUGGAUCCUAUAAAAGUGACUCUUACUCAAUCCGGGGAUGUGAUGUGCGCUCUGACUCUGCAGAACUGUUAUCCAAAACAGGUUACUGUAAAGUGGACAACGGAGCAAAAUCCACUGAAAUCCAAUGAAAAUGUUCAAGAUAAUUCUGAUAAUACGUGUAAUAUCCGCAGCCUGUGCACCGUCCAGGGAAGUCUCCUUAAGGAUCCGAACUUUACACUGAGCGUGACCUGGAGCCACAAAGCAAUGAAGGGGAAAGAAACCAGAGUCCUGUCAUGGAGAGAUGGAGCUAACAGUUUUCUGUGGCGUCCAGUAAUUCAGGCAGUUCCUGUACCCCAUAUACUGAUGGGACAAUCUAGCACCUUCCAGUACAAUAUCUCUGAAUAUUUCCCUGAUGAUGUGACUGUGAGCUGGUAUAAGAAGAAGGGAGUUCUGGGAUCUGCUCCUUUACAUGACAAUGAUAAGUAUAAGAUAUCAGUCACUGAGUCCCAGAGACAGCCGGAUUCCACCUUCUCCUGUACAGCCAGUCUACGGUUCACCCCAACACUGGAACACCAGGAAUCAGAGAUCAUCUGCCUGGUGGAGCAUCCCAGCCUAGAGACACCGCUAGAGAGGAGCUCCGGACCUCUACGUGUGCAAAGCAAACCAAAAAACAGAAGACAUGUUAGAGCAACUGCAGGCGAAGAGGAGCUGAAAUAUUCUCUGAUUCUACAGAAUUUCUAUCCCAAAGAUAUACAGAUAACGUGGUUUUGUGGAUCAGAACAAGGGACCUGGACCUGCCCAUCAACAGAAAAAUAUACAACUAAUAUGGAUAAAUCCUAUAAUGUUACCAGUGAUUGUAGAGUCUCUGAGCAUCUAUUAAAGGACCCAAACUGCAAAGUCUAUGUGACAUGGAGUCAUGAGUCCAUGGAUGAUCCCGGGAGCAGAGAGUGGUCUAUACGAGAUAAAGAUUACCCGUAUCGUCCUGCCAUGACCAUACAGGUGCCGCCUCUUUAUAAUAACACUGAGGCCUCCGUAGACUGUAUAAUCUCCAACUACUUUCCAGAUAAAUUGAGUGGGUUUUGGCUCAAGAAGGACAAAGUGUCUGGAGAAACACAUCACAUAGUUGGAGAUGGGGCGUACAGGAUCUCCAACAGUGAAUUAGGCAGACAGCCCAAUAAUACAUACUCCUAUAAGUCAUGUUUGUUCUUCACCCCCAAUAUGGAAUCGGAUCAGGAUGCAGAAUUCAUCUUCCAGGUAGAACAUCCCAGCCUUGUCCAACCCAUGCAAAAGAGUACAGGAGCGCUGCAGAUAACCCGCAAACCAAAAAACAGAAGACAUGUUAGAGCAACUGCAGGCGAAGAGGAGCUGAAAUAUUCUCUGAUUCUACAGAGUUUCUAUCCCAAAGAUAUACAGAUAACGUGGUUUUGUGGAUCAGAACAAGGGACCUGGACCUGCCCAUCAACAGAAAAAUAUACAACUAAUAUGGAUAAAUCCUAUAAUGUUACCAGUGAUUGUAGAGUCUCUGAGCAUCUAUUAAAGGACCCAAACUGCAAAGUCUAUGUGACAUGGAGUCAUGAGUCCAUGGAUGAUCCCGGGAGCAGAGAGUGGUCUAUACGAGAUAAAGAUUACCCGUAUCGUCCUGCCAUGACCAUACAGGUGCCGCCUCUUUAUAAUAACACUGAGGCCUCCGUAGACUGUAUAAUCUCCAACUACUUUCCAGAUAAAUUGAGUGGGUUUUGGCUCAAGAAGGACAAAGUGUCUGGAGAAACACAUCACAUAGUUGGAGAUGGGGCGUACAGGAUCUCCAACAGUGAAUUAGGCAGACAGCCCAAUAAUACAUACUCCUAUAAGUCAUGUUUGUUCUUCACCCCCAAUAUGGAAUCGGAUCAGGAUGCAGAAUUCAUCUUCCAGGUAGAACAUCCCAGCCUUGUCCAACCCAUGCAAAAGAGUACAGGAGCGCUGCAGAUAACCCAUUACCCGUAUCGUCCUGCCAUGACCAUACAGGUGCCGCCUCUUUAUAAUAACACUGAGGCCUCUGUAGACUGUAUAAUCUCCAACUACUUUCCAGAUAAAUUGAGUGGGUUUUGGCUCAAGAAGGACAAAGUGUCUGGAGAAACACAUCACAUAGUUGGAGAUGGGGCGUACAGGAUCUCCAACAGUGAAUUAGGCAGACAGCCCAAUAAUACAUACUCCUAUAAGUCAUCUUUGUUCUUCACCCCCAAUAUGGAAUCGGAUCAGGAUGCAGAAUUCAUCUUCCAGGUAGAACAUCCCAGCCUUGUCCAACCCAUGCAAAAGAGUACAGGAGCGCUGCAGAUAACCCAAUCGUAUUGAAGACCUGAAAACUAUGACGGAAUACAUUGAAUUAGGUGGUAUACAAAAAAGCCAAAACACCAGAAUAAGUGUUCUUUUAGAUGCCUUCUUUUCCUUUCAUGACAGCUUUCCACACUCAAUGGUUCCACAAUGGUUUUCAGUUAACAGUUAUGCCUUUUCAAGAGUUAAUUUGUGGUAUUUCUUGCCUUUAUAAUGUGUUUGAGAUCAUCAGUUGUGUUGUGCACAAGUAGUGUUAGUACACAGUACCGCACAUUAUUUAGCCCUAUGUAAUUACUGUUGUAUUCCACAUUAUGGCAAGAACCACUCAACUAAGAGAAACAGCAGUCCAUCAUUACUUUAGUCCAUGGUUACUUUAAAGGGUUAUAUCACUGCUCAGCAUUUGGAACAAACUGUUCCGAACUCUGGAGCCAGGAGCUCGUGACAUCAUAGCCCUGCUCCCUCGUUAAGUCACACCCCUCCCC